AUGACCCGCGGAGGCAAGAAGGGCAAGCGGCCGCGGGCCGACGCCGUCAAGGAGCCUACCGACUCGGACAGCUCGGUUGAAAUGUGGUUUUCCAACGAGGAGCCUCCGAAGCGGACGACGCCAAGUCAUCCGCCGCGGCAGCACCGGCCUCGGGCGACACUCGCGGACGCGUAUUGCGACGGCAGCGAGGAGCGCGACGUCCAAGCCGCCACGAAGCGCAGCCUCUACGACGUAUCGGUGCGCAUGGAUGCGCCGGAGCUACCCGAGUGUCUCGUCUUCCGCCCGACACUCGCCGAGUUUGCGACGCCGGCGGCCUACAUUCGGUCGAUUGCAGCGCAAGGCCGGACAACGGGAAUCGCCAAGAUCAUUCCGCCUGACGGCUGGUCGCCGACACUCCAGAUCGACUUGGACGACGACACGGCGUCGAUGGCGACCGAGCUCCAGCGUAUUGAUCUGCUGCAACAAGGCGUCCCGCAUGAAAACGGGCGCCGUCACACGCUCCGCUCGUACCGUGCGGCGGCCGCUGCGUUCGAAGCGCAGUGGCGCCAAGCGCAUGACAUGGACGCCAAUGCGACUUCGCGCGACAUUGAGCGCGCGUACUGGAAGCUCGUCCUCGCGCCGUCCGAGGCGACCGAGGUCGAGUACGCCAACAAUGUGAGCAUCAAGGAUCUUGGCAGCGGGUUCCCCACGCCGCCCACGCACGCCAAAGCGUCUCUUCAAGCCAAAGCGUCGGAGGACGUCGAUUUUGCCGACCCGACGUACUAUGCCACGACAGCGUGGAAUCUCAACAACCUGCCGUUCGCCGCCGGCUCGCUCUUGCGAUACGUCGACGCGAGUAUCGAAGGGCUGAACGUCCCGUGGCUCUACUUUGGCAUGCUCUUCUCGACGUUUUCAUGGCACGUCGAAGACAACUUCCUCUACAGCAUCAACUACAUGCACGACGGCGCCCCAAAGCACUGGUACGGCGUGGCGGCUUCAGACGCCGGGAAGCUUGAGGCUGCGCUCAAGGCCAACGUGGCCGAGACCGUCCGCCGCGAUCCCACCGUCCUCGACCAGCUGGUGACGCUCGUCUCGCCCCAUCUCUUGCAGCAGGUCGACGUCAAGGUCUACAAGCUUCUCCAGAUGCCAGGCGAGAUGGUCGUGACGUUUCCGCGCGGGUAUCACUGCGGGUUCAACCAAGGCUUCAACUGCAACGAAGCCGUCAACUUUGCCCUCGCCGACUGGUUCCCGGACGCGCGGAACAGCGUCAAGUGGUAUCGCAAGCGCCGGCGCAGCAUGGUCAUCCCCAACGACCGCUUCCACUACUGGCUCGGCCUUCGCCAUUCGCUCGACGAUAUGCUGCCCGAAGACGGCGAAAAGCUGCUCGAUGCGUUGCUCAAACUCCAAGACGACGAACGCACGGCGCGACAGACGCUGCGCCGAAAAGGGUUGGUGCACACGGCCGGCGUCGACGUCGGCCGCUUGGCGCUCACCGAAGCCGUGCUGGACUAUGACGAAGCGUGUCGCCGCUGCUGCGUGUGCAAGCACAGCGUCUUCUUCUCCGGCGUCAUCUGCCCGUGCUCGGACUCCAAGCUCGCGUGUCUCGGCCAUGCUAUGACCAUGUGCGGCUGUGCGUAUGCGUCCAAAACGCUCGUGGUCUUUGUCUCGAUGGACGCGCUGUCGACGGUCGUCUCGGAGCUGCAAAACCGCGUCGCCGUCCUCUCCAGCCGCGUCAACGUCUGA